AUAUGCAUUCUUACGUGUGAGGGCUCGAGGUGGUUGGCAAGGACAUCGUAGUGGACAGGCAUGUUUCACACGUUCUAUGCAAUCGACACGGUUAGGUUGGCAUGUACACGGGAGGGUAGUCAAGAGAGUAGUCAAGGGCGAGAGUGGUCAAGCAUUCACGAUAGGAAAUCUAGGAAAUCAUCACAAAGCACAAGUACCGCGUCAGGGGUUGAAAGAAGAUGUAUUGAGCAAGUCGAAAAAAAGAACAAGGAAGAAAGGAAAACAAGAAACAAACAAUGGCCGGAAGAGAACUGGGUGUCCAAUUAAGUACACAAAAAAACCCAGGAUCGCCAGUAAAACGCAGGGCUUUCCCUCAUUCGAAUGGCAAGAGAAAACCUACCAUCCGUCCGAGUAUCUUUCCCUCAUAAGCGCCGGCAUUGAUCAACGAUUCCCUCCCGUUUGGUGCUGCCAUGUGUCUCAACUCGUUCUCCGUUCUUUGCCUCCUUUCUUUUCUGACUGCGCGCCCGUACGAUUCUCUUCCCUUUCCUAGCUUGCCCGUCAUGUCGCGAGGGGUUGGAAACAUUCAUGAGUAGUGGGUCUUGUUCAUGUUUGCUCGUGAGGAACGUUUCUUUUGUGUGAAAUUUUGUUGAUAUUUUUUGCUUUUUCGGGGGUUCAACUCUUUUAAUGUGCCGGUAUCUCCUAGCUCCUUAACCUCAUUCUUCUCCC